UCAAGCUCCUGUGUCCUCUGUCCUGCUGGUCUCUGAGUGUCUGUCCCAGAGAGAGAUGAGGGUGUCCUGCUCCUCUAAGGGAGGGGACAGUCCUCAGUACAGCUGGACUCUGGAUGGACGCACACUGACAGAUGCUGAGCUCCUUUCUGGAAAUAAUGAGACUAACAACAUCACUCUGAAACAGCACGUGUCAGGACAUCUGGUCUGCUCAGUCAGGAACAACGUCAGUAAUGUCUCCAAAGAACAGAAGACCUGUCGCUUCAUUAACUGCACGUCAAUCAAUGGGACACAGAUAUUAGGGUGGGUGCCUGUGGACAGUAACGGCCUGUGUAUUGAACCAACAACAGAACCUACCCCAGUCACACCAACUUCUGUGGGUAAGGAGACUGGCACAGUGUCAAUUACACAAUUCAACAAUGAAACUGUGACUUCCAACAGUGAUGACCAAUGGUACAUUACCAAUUUGCCACUGAUCGGUGGUGUUCUCUCAGCACUGGUAUUUUUCUUACUUGUGGGUGUGGCAGUCAUCUGUGCUCAGAGGAAAAAACAAAACAACAAACCUACAAAACCAAAAGAGGAUGAAUGUGACCAAGAUGUAACCUAUGCUGAUGUCAGGAUCAUGAAGCAACAGGGGAAGCCAGCGGUGCAAACAACAGAGGCGGAGGUGGACGUGGAGUAUGGCCAAGUCAAGUUUUCGAGGCGAUCUCGGCACACUGAACCAACAGGAGAUGAUUGUAUGUAUGCAAAGGUCCAAAGAUUCCGGUGAUUUAGGUUAUUGGUGUGUUCACACAGACUGAAGGUCCAUGGAGAGAGGAGAUGAUGUCAAGAUGCCAAAAGGUCUUUUAUUUAAUUCAAUUUCCCAUCAGAAAAAUAAAAAAACCUUCAGAUUUCAUACGUAUUGAUUUUCUUUGCUUUCACUGUGAUUCUGUUAUAUAAAAGAGCAUCAGCACACUCAGACUUAGGUGACAUCUGGGUUAUCAUUUCAUAUGACGCUACACAAGCUGCGGUAGUUUUGAAGCUAUUUAACAUUUCUAAACAUAAUUAUUCAUAUUUUUCUAUUAGCUUUUAUAUUUAUAGGAUGUUGUAAUAGUUU